GAGAGACGAAUAAAUACGGCGGUUGCAGCCGUUGGCCAUGUCAUUCGUGGAAAAAAAAGAGAGAGCGCGAGAACGAGGGUGGGCAAUGGUGUGUUAGGAAAUUAUUUCGGGAAUUAUGAUAGGGCGUCCCGUGGGCUUGAGACAACGUGUGUCCAGCAGAAUAAAUUCAUCAAUAUCGUGCAAAGGAAUCUCGUCGAUUCGGCAACGUGUUCAAAAUGCUACUUCUGGCAAUUGGCCACAGAGGGAAGUGAGGUGUUACGCAAGUCGUUCGCAGCGCCGCAAUGCGGUGUGCACGAGAGUGAGGAAGACAGUUCUUCCAAGAUGUCCGCUCGGAGGUGAUAAAAAUAAAAAGUUGAGAAAAGAGAUGAGUGAACGCAACAGUACAGCACAAUUUGGUGCUGGACGGAAGCGUGGUCAUCAGCAUCAUCCACGGCAGGGUGGAGUGCGACGAUCAAAUGUCCCGUCUGGGGAAAUUUUGGCUCAAUUGCGCACUGACACAUCGCACAUCGUCACGCAGGAGAACACACAAAUCAUUCCGGCAGCUGAUCCCAAUAGGAAUUUUCCGGCUACAGGCCACGACAGCAUCUCCAGGGGUGGGAAUGAUGGAGGGAAUAUGAGUCAGAGACUAGCAAAGACGGGGUUGGAGGGAAAGAGGGCUCCAAGUGUGCCGAAGGAGCUGUGUUCAGUGGAUCCGGACAAUAACAACAGGGUGCUACCAGCCUCAAGUGCCUUAUGUGAUAAGAAGGAGAGCAAGGAGGUUACUGAGGAAACCUCAGGCAGCAAGAGAAAUGAUCAGCCGUCCAGGGGUAGUCCAACGACUGGCAAGAAACCCAGAAAUUCCGAUAGUAAACGUCGGAGGCUGCGCCAGGCGCAGGAAAUCACGAAACAGGAAUCUACACCGAGUGUUCAGAUUGAGGAGCAAGACACAGAAAAUGACCCAGAGGCAGCUGAAUGGGCCAAACUCAGGUGCACUAGCGAAAGAACUGAAGUGGUGGCUGAGAGGGAGUAUCGAAGGCAGAAUAGACGUUGUGCCGACUAUCCAGGCCUGGCUUUUGGCCGGUCAAUCUUCAGCUCGGACACAAUGAUGAAGUUCAGUAUAAUCCGCAAUGAACUGCACAAUAUUAUGAAAACCCAGUUGAAGAGGGCUGAGUCUGAGGUGGCAGCUCUGAAUCGUCGUAUCCAGUUGUUGGAGGAGGAUCUGGAGCGUUCUGAGGAGCGUCUCGCUUCGGCCACUGCCAAGUUGGCUGAGGCAUCUCAGGCUGCCGAUGAGAGCGAACGCGCCCGAAAGAUUCUUGAGAACCGCUCAUUGGCUGAUGAAGAGCGCAUGGAUGCACUUGAGAACCAGCUGAAGGAGGCUCGCUUCCUGGCCGAAGAAGCUGACAAGAAAUACGAUGAGGUUGCACGUAAAUUGGCCAUGGUUGAGGCCGAUUUGGAGAGGGCUGAGGAGCGUGCCGAAGCCGGUGAAUCCAAAAUUGUGGAACUGGAAGAGGAACUCCGUGUCGUAGGCAACAACCUCAAAUCACUUGAAGUGUCUGAAGAGAAGGCCAACCAACGUGAAGAAGAGUACAAGAACCAAAUUAAGACUCUCACAACCCGUCUAAAGGAGGCUGAAGCUCGUGCUGAAUUUGCUGAACGUUCUGUUCAGAAAUUGCAGAAGGAAGUUGACAGACUUGAAGACGACCUUGUGAAUGAACGUGGCAAAAAUAAGUUACUUCAGGAUGAGAUGGAGACCACUUUGCAUGAUAUUCAGAAUAUGUGAAUAUUUUAGGGAGUGAAAAGAAACAGAGCAAAAGCACUUGGAUGAUCAAUACAUUGCCUAAUUAUUAUUAUUUUUUUGUUUGUACGAGAAAGAGCGGAUAAAGAAUACACAAUUUACGUGCGCCAUCAAUUAAGAAUACAUAUUUAAUUGAAUACUAUAUAAAUAUGUUAAUUUAAAAGAAUGGAAAAAACACAUUUUUGAGAAAUAAUUGUGAGUCGAAGAACAUUAAUAGUAGUGCAGACGUUAUUUCUCUAAUAUUUUUUCUCAGAAAAAACAAAAAUUAUUUGCCUCUAAAAUUGUUUAUAGUAUUAUGAAAUCUUUAAAAUAUUCCUCUAUAUUUUUUCCCGUGUUUACUUUUCAACAUUCCUGAGAAAGUAUUUUUCAGUGAGAAUUAUAGCAUAAAAAAACCUAUUUUUUUGGGAAAUUUUAUAUCACUGUUUUUUUUUUUUUUUGUGAGGGAAGAAAGGGGAGGGUAUCAAAAUUAGUCCCUUUGAUGAUAUGUUCAGUGAGAAAAAUAAAAGACCUAAGUAAAAACUGCAUUUUUAUACUGUACCAUCGUAUCUUAGUGUAGUUAUUGUGAAAUGAGGAGAAAUUGUUAACAAUUUUUAGAGAGAGUCACAUUCCACACGAAAAACAAAAAAAAGUUCUAUUUUUCCUUAAAACAAUUCAAUUGAAGCCAUUUUUAGACACUUUUUUUUCAAAUUGUAAAAUAAUCUAUAGCAUUUUUAAUAAGACACAAUUUUAAAAAUUCUUUUUAACUUGAAAAGAAAUUUUACAUUUGCUUUAGUUUUAGAUAAAGAAGAAAUAAAAAAAAAACAAUUGGGGCAGAUGGAAUAAUCGAAGAAAAAAAGCAUAAAUUUGUAAUUUAGAAAGACACUAAAAUAAUCAUUUAAAAAAAAAUCCCCUAAUUUAAGAUUCAGAAAGAUCAUGAAUAUGCGCAAUUGCCGAAGCACAAAUCACGAUGUUUUCGUUUUAUUUUUGAAUUAUUUUUAUUAUUAUAUUUCUUACAUUUUAUAGUCAUUUACAUCCCAAUAUCCAAUAGGACAAGAAAUUCUACGAGACAAGACCUUUUUUAAAAAAAUAAAAGAGAUCAUCUUAAAAUAUCAAACAUUUUAAAUUCAGUCAAAAAACAACUUUUUUUAACGAAUUUACUGAUAAAAAAUUCCCUAUUUUUGGCAAAGCCAUUUUCAUUAACAAAAUUUAAAUUUGACACACAAAAAAGAAACAUUAUUGAUAAGAGAUGAUACACACUUCGAAAAACAAACAACAUUGAAUAAAACACAAAAUCAAAAGUGAGUUUGCAAUUAACCUUUUUUUUUUUAAAUCAGCAAAGCUGAAACAGAAUUGAGAGACAUUUAUCUGUUUCUAUUCCCUGUUUUAUUUUUUUCCUUUUUCUUUUUAAAAUUAAAUAAAAAAAAAUAAUAGAGUUUGAUAGAAGAAGAGACAAUGAUAAAAGACAUCAUUGAGAAUAUAGUAAAAGGAAAAGAAAAAAAAGAAUAAUUAUUUAAAUGUUGGCAUGAGACAAAUUUUAAUUAAUAAAAAAAAAACAAGUGUUUGUAUUAAAAAAAGAAGAUGUUCAAUUUUAUAUAAUACUGAAGAAACAUGUGUGUUUUUCAAUAUAAUUAUUUUAUUUUGAAAUAA